AAUAAGGGAGUUUUUCAUUUUUCGAGCCAAACACAUUCUCUUUCUUUCUUCGAGAGUUCGAUUCCUCACCAGCAUUCCCCCUUCGUUCACCAACAUUUCACCAGCAUUUCACCAGCAGAGGCCCUCUCCAUCAGCUAGCGUGACCGUCAGCCACCGUAUUGGUGAUUGGCUGUGUCGAAAUCGCGUGUCCGUGAUUGGGUGUGUCGCAAUCGCCAUCGGAGUUCGUCCAUCGUAAAGGAUUGUUGUUCGAGGGUUGGAGGGUUGUUCUUGGAGGGUUCUUGCUGGAGUGUGGUUUGUGCGUGUGAGCGAGCUUGUCUAAAUCCUCUUGGUAGAGGUUUUGGAUUGUCUUUCUUCCCCUGUCGUUGAGGUUUUGGGGCUUCGAUCAGGGUCUGAGGCGUGUCAUUGCUGAAGGGCUGCACUGAAGUGUCCAAGAGUUCAUCAUUUCCAGAUUGACCUGAGGAUGGAAUACGUCAGCCCAGAAGGACUUCGACUGGAUGGUCGCAGACCCAUGGAGAUGCGACAAAUUCGUGCAGAAAUUGGUGCUGUAUCCAAAGCAGAUGGUUCUGCCAUGUUUGAGAUGGGUAAUACAAAAGUUAUUGCUGCUGUCUAUGGCCCUAGAGAGGUGCAAAAUAGAAGCCAAAUAACCAACCAUGCUCUGGUUCGGUGUGAGUACAGCAUGGCUAAUUUUAGCACUGGAGAUCGCAUGAGGAAAUCAAAGGGUGAAAGGAGAUCAACUGAAAUUUCCCUGGUUAUUCGGCAAACCAUGGAAGCAUCUAUAUUGACACAUCUAUUGCCUCGAUCUCAGAUAGAUAUAUAUGUCCAAGUUCUCCAAGCAGAUGGAGGAACUAGAUCUGCUUGUAUAAAUGCUGCAACUUUGGCCCUUGCCGAUGCUGGGAUUCCUAUGCGUGAUCUUGUAACAUCCUGCAGUGCCGGAUACCUUAACAGCACAAGUCUGCUUGAUUUGAACUAUGUAGAAGACAGUGCUGGAGGUCCUGAUGUAACCCUAGGAAUUCUGCCAAAGUUGGAUAAAGUAACACUGCUUCAGAUGGAUUCUAAACUACCAAUUGACAUUUUGGAAAAUGUUAUGCAACUGGCAAUCGAAGGCUGCAAAGCAAUAGCAAACUACAUUCGAGAAAUUUUGCUGGAGAACACAAAGCAACUGGAGUAUCGACGAGGUGUAUAGUUUUUAUAGCAGAAAUGAUGCUAUGAUUAUUAUUACCUGUGGUCACGGUUUUCCAGAUUUGUAGGUCCGUUCUUUCAGCAUUUGUGCUUUUUUUUGGUUAUGGAGGAGAAUUCUCUUGUAUUUACGUGGAACAAUUUUGUUUUUAGCAUACGGUGCUGAAUAAAACGGAAAAUUGUUGUAGAAUUCGUUUCUCAUUUCUGUCACCUUAUCACUAUGAAUAAAAGGUAGCAAAAUUAUGAUUUA